AUGCGCGAUCUGGGCUGGUUUCGGAGGUUUGGCGGUUACUUAUACAGUGCUGUUAUUGCAGCACCAUCUCAUGGCAUCGCUUCCAAAACCAAUCACGUCGCCUCGGCGGUUGGCCCCAAGCAAAAUUCAUCCAGCAAUGGCGUAGCGGCACCGCGCCAUCGUCACCCCGCAAAUGGCACAUCCACAUCCGCACCCUGGCCCCGCGACACAGUGUUUACGACCUGCGGAAUGCACUGUGGCUGUCCCCUACCUAGGUCGGUAGCCAGCCACACACAACCAAGCAGCCAACAGCCCAAUAGUCGCAUGACCGUCACCGUCACUGUGCUAUGUCAAGCUCCAACCGUCGUCGUGCGCCGGGGCGGGCUUGGCUUCGAGGGCGUCAUAAUCACCAGAGACGCCGCGCCGAGGGGGGGUUUGGAGAGCGCCACCGCGGCCCAAAGGAGAUGAACAACAUGUCGUUGUGAUGGGGGACGAGAGAGGGGGAGGUUUCUCGGCCUCAUGUCUCUGAUGUAUUCCCGAUGGGUGAUGGACCGGACCCUUUUUUUUUUUCGUUUGCCAGG